UCAUAGCUCAGGUAUCUAAAUCGGUGUCAGCUACUGAUCUUGGAAGUUGUGCAGGCUAUAAGAUCUUAUCAGGCAUGAUCAUGAUGAUUAAACUCUUGCUGGUUAUUUUUUGCAUUUCACCUGUGGUUAUAACCGACGAAAUCAAAGUCUCUGAUGAUAAAUGUCCAGUCAAGUUCCUUACAUAUUUUUGUUCGAAAACCACCUAUAAAGGAAUUCCAAUGCUCACGGAAAUGAAGUUUUCAGAUCGAGACGCCAGUAAAGUAGGUUGGAAAAACUGGGAAUCAUACAUGGCUGACCUUGUUUGCCGAUGCGCAAAGGCUGCUAAAAAGUCAGGCCAAGACGGUUUUGGUAUUCAAUUCUAUGGAGAAUGUUGGACAAAUACGAACCCCCAAAUCAUGGAACUGAUACAUUCUCCUGAAGGUCUGUCCUAUCAUCUUCUAAUGUCCGAUCAGUGUGUUGGAGAAGGAUACAAGCCUUGUCCAAAGCUUAACUUACAGGAACCACUGCCUAAUGAUAAAUACUGCGUUGGACAGGCCAAUACUUACUUUUUCUAUCAAAUAGGGGACAUUUGUACUUCGAAUCCCUGUAACAAUGGUGGGACAUGUAUCAGCUCUGGUGGCCUCAUGAAUUUCAAGUGUUUAUGCAAACCUAACUUCUUUGGGAGACUCUGUGAAAGUACCGAAGUAAGCUGACCUGAUGGCAACUUUCAAAGGAUCAUUUACCAUUUACUGAAAGCUGAUCAGAUUCAG